AUGGCGAACGGGGCGGCAGCUAGUAUUCCCCUGGCUCUUCUUUCAGCGCCGGCCGACCGGCGGCGACAUGGGCACCCUACCGAUGGCCGUGAUUCAGAGGCUCAUGUGACCGAUGAUGGCCGCGUGGGAAUCGCGGUCGACGAAGACGAUCCGCAAGUAGCCAGUCUGCUACAGGCGCUCCAGCGCCGGCCAAUCCCGCAUCCUUCAGAGAUCGAGAAGGAGGCUUAUUUUCCACUCCGGCUUAAUGUGGUGAUACAUGUUGUUGGAUCGCGUGGUGACGUCCAACCAUUCGUUGCACUGGGCCGGGCUCUGCAAAAACAGGGACAUCGCGUGAGACUGGCGACUCAUUUCGUAUUCCGAGACUUUGUGAAAGAUAAUGGGCUGGAGUUCUUCAAUAUCGGGGGUGACCCGGCGGAAUUAAUGUCGUACAUGGUCAAGAACCCGAAGCUGAUCCCCAAGAUGGAGACUCUUGUUAAAGGGACUGUCGGGAGACGUCGCGGAGAGAUUCGAAAAAUGAUUGGAGGAUGUUGGCGGUUCCUGUCUAUGAAAUCUAGGCAAACGGUUAUUGAUGUUCCUAGGAUGCCAUGGUCUCCUACUCAGGCCUUUCCACAUCCCCUGGCUAAUAUUCUUACCCACGAUACAAGACCUUCCGUUGCCAACUUCGUUUCUUAUAUUCUUACAGAGAUGCUCAUCUGGCAAGGGGUGGGUGACUUGAUUAAUGAGUUCCGUCGCUUUGAGCUGGGCUUGGAUCAGCUGGAAGGCACAGGCGCGCCGAGCUUGCUCCACCGGCUUCGUGUCCCCUUCACAUAUCUCUGGUCCCCUUCACUGCUUCCCAAGCCAGAUGACUGGCCCGAUCACAUCAAUGUAACCGGCUUCCAAUUUCUUCCCUCGAAUCGCGACUAUACUCCUCCACAGGAUCUAGCCGAUUUCCUUGAGACGGGGGCCCCCCGCCACUAUGCUCUUACGCAAACUAUCCUUGAGGCGGUCGAAAUAACAGGCCAACGGGCCAUCAUUUCAAAAGGAUGGGGUGGACUUGGAGCCGACGAAAUUAACCAACGUGAUGUAUUCUUCUUAGGUAACUGCCCGCAUGACUGGUUAUUCCAGAGAGUCUCCUGUGUGGUUCAUCAUGGUGGUGCUGGAACAACAGCUACUGGAGUUGCCUUGGGACGACCGACAAUCAUUGUCCCGUUUUUCGGCGACCAGCCCUUUUGGGGGUCUUUGGUGGCACAGAACGGCGCCGGGCCCCCGCCUAUUCCAAUACGAAACCUGACUGCAGACCGUUUGGCCAGCGCAAUCCAUUCCUGUCUGAAGCCUGACACUGCCGAAAAGGCACAGAAGCUGGGUGAGAAUAUUCGAGCAGAGGACGGUGCUCGCAGUGCAGUAGACAACUUUCACCAGCAGCUGGAUACUCAACGUCUUCAAUGUGCGCUGUGCCCUGAUCGUCCAGCCGUGUGGCGCAUCAAGAGCACAAGAAUACUGCUUAGUGCAUUUGCGGCCACUGUUUUAGUCGUGGACAAGAAACUCAACCCAAAAGAUGUAAAACUAUACUAUUCAAAACGCUAUAACACAAACUAUGGCUGCCUAGGGACCGAGGCUUUCGCAGGAGCGAUGAGCAAUUUCCUUACCGGGAUCGUCGAAAUGCCGCUAAAUGCGGUGCAAAAUAUCCGACAGCCGCCUUCGGACAGAUUUGCUGCUCAUUAUAACCUACCUUCCCAUGAGGCAUACCAGACUAUGCAGUCACCAGGGUCGCCGAGAGUCUUUGGCCAGGGAGAAGGAACACUAAACAACGAUACAAGGGUAACACCAGGCUUAACAGCAGCGACAACGAUUAAGUCUCAGGCGGAUGCACCGUCCAUGGCGACUAAAAGGGGUCCAUUGCAGAAAUUAGCGGCCAGCGCAAGCUAUAUGGGUCGUCGGACUCUAAAUUGGAUGGUAGAAGUACCCAUGGGGCUUACUGUGAUGUUGUCCCAGGGCUUCCAUAAUUUACCGCUCAUGUAUCAUGAUCGUGCUGUGAGGGAUACACCGGAAGUCACUGGCGUGAAAUCUGGUUUCGUAGCGGCUGGAAAGGAAUUUGCCUACGGCAUAUAUGAUGGAGUUACUGGACUAGUGACUCAGCCCAGCCAGGGCUGGAAUGACGGGGGAUUUGGUGGAAUGACUAAAGGAAUAGGUAAAGGAGUGGGAGGCGUACUUCUCAAACCUCAAGCCGGUGAGUGGAGCCGGUGA